AUGGUGAUUGCUUCCACGAGGCGAUCUUUCGCUCUCGCAGCGAUCCUGGCCAAUGCCUUGGUCCGGACAGCGUCGGCUGGUUUCAAAGCGGAAUGCUUUUCCAGGUCGGAUUGUACGGGACCCGUGUUGGUCAAUGGAGAUGGCAACUGUUCCAUGCCACUUCGCGAGGCUCUGGACGGUAGAGAUCCCACCUAUCCUCUUGUACCAGGAUACCCUUCGGCCUACUACAGGGGUCCAACAAUUGGUGGAAUUCUUCGAGAAGACGUUUGUGAUAGCCGAGAAUCGGUCGUCAGUGCUGCUGAAGCCAUUCAAUACUGCUUUGACAUUGGUGCCAAGAGUUCCUGUGAAUCGAAGCCCAAAGGAUGCGACUGUAUGCAGAACCCAAUGAGUUGGGGCGAAACGCACUUUCGUUCCUAUGGAGGUGAAGACUUUGACUUUCAUGGAGUUUGUGAUUUGGUCUUAUUCUCGGCUCCUGAGAUGAACACUACCAUUCAUGUUCGCACAGAACAGAAAUUUGAGUACAGCUACAUUAGCAAUGCGGCAAUCCUCAUCAAUGGCGAUAUCCUCGAGAUUGGCGGUUGGGGCAAAGUCAUCUGGAAUGGAAUUGAAGACUGGGAUCUUCCUCCUACCCUUGGUGGAUACCCCCUCGCCGUGAAACAUAUCAACAGGAAGAACACAGUCUUUACCAUCGACGUUGGUCAUGGACAACAAAUCCGUUUCAAGGCCUACAAGUCCAUGGUGGCAAGCCUGAAUGACGCCCAACACACACUCAAGAAUCCACCCAAGUGGAAGAGUUUCCUUGGAUCUUCCAACUACUAUUUGUUCUAUGAUUAUGAAAGAUUUCCUUACAUGUGUCUGCACUCGCCGGAUGGUGAAGCUUUGCCAGUAACAGCUAUAGCGUGGAAGCAUGUAUGCAUAUAG